UUGUUUUUGCCGCCAAAAUAUAUCGCUAGACGCACGUGACUAGUUUUAACAUCUGCAGCAAUUAACACAUUUUAACAUAUUUAAAAAUGAGUGCAAAUAUCGAAAGUAAAUCUCCUGUUGUGUUUCUGACACGUACAGAAACUUUUAGUGCCUGCCAUAGAUUGAAUAGUCUAGCAUUGACAGAAGAAGAAAAUCAGAAAUUAUAUGGAAAAUGCAACAAUUUAAAUGGUCAUGGACAUAAUUAUAAAGUGGAAGUUACAGUAAAAGGAAAGGUUGAUAAAAUAACUGGAAUGGUUAUGAAUUUAGCUGAUUUGAAAAACUACAUGAAUGUAAGUAUUUAAAGUACAAAGCUGAAAAUUUUAAUUAAAGUAUUUAGCUUUCUAUAUUUAAUAUAAAGUAUUAGCCCAAAUUUAAGUCAGUCCUGAAAAUAAGUUGUGUGACAAUUUUGGAAUCCUUAUUUUCUGAAAAAUUAGAACCUUUAUAUAAAUUAACUUAUUAUAUUAAUUUUACUUGCAUAUGAAAACAUUAGCAAUUUAUAUUAAAAAAAAUUCGGAAAGUCAUUGAAACAAUACUUUAUCAGAACUUUCAUUGUCAUCAUGCUGUUUCCUGUUUAAUUGUAAUUAUUACUGAUUCCUGUUUUAUUGUCAUUAUGACCUUUAGCCUCUUUGAAUAUUACAUUAUCCUCUGUUCUGUCCAAGUUAUUGGUAACACAACAUUUCUUAAAGCCUUUUACAAAAUAGUGUCUUCACCAAUAACCUUUUGUAAUUCAACUGUUAUUCUACAAGAAUAUAUGGAAUUUUUGUU